CGAGUUUAUUCUCGGUCUCUGUGUCUAUGUGCAUUCCUAUGUCCAUGUCGUGUUGAGUGUGCCGUUGAGGUUAUGUCGCGUCUUGAUACGAAUUUUGCGCGAUUUAUAUAAUAGUUUUCUUUUUCGCGCGCGUUUUUCUCGUCGUCGUCAAAUUAAUCGAGAUGAACGCGAAGGAGAAUUCCACGGCGCCAACGAAGAACGCGAGCGCGCCGAACGCGAAGACCUACGGCAAGAUCGUUUUGACGUUGCAGAAUUGUCUUCUGCCCGAGGAGAAGCUCAACUCGACUCCGUCGUACCUGGACGGUCUCGAUGCGGAAACCGAGACGGAUUUGCGAAUACUGGGAUGCGAACUCAUACAGACGGCCGGUAUCCUGUUGAAAUUACCGCAGGUUGCAAUGGCUACGGGGCAAGUAAUAUUCCAACGAUUUUAUUAUAGCAAAUCUUUAGUUAGGCAUAAUAUGGAGACAACUGCAAUGGGUUGUAUAUGCUUAGCUAGCAAAAUCGAGGAAGCACCUAGGCGUAUCAGGGAUGUCAUUAAUGUUUUCAAUCAUGUAAAACAAGUUUCCAGCCAAAAAGCGAUACAACCUGUGAUUCUCGAUCAAAAUUACGUAGCUCUGAAGAAUCAGGUAAUCAAAUCAGAGAGAAGAGUGUUGAAGGAACUGGGCUUCUGUGUUCAUGUAAAGCACCCUCACAAGAUUAUAGUCAUGUAUUUACAAGUAUUGGGAUAUGAAAAAAACCGCUCGCUGAUGCAGCAAAGCUGGAAUUACAUGAACGACUCGUUGCGCUCCGAUGUUUUCUUGCGCUAUCAGCCGGAGACCGUGGCAUGUGCGUGCGUUUAUCUCGCCGCUCGUCAACUGCAAUUGCCGCUGCCUGUAUCACCCACUUGGUUUUCGCUGUUUAAAGUCAACGAGUCAUCGAUCAGGGACGUAUGUCGGCGCAUACUCCGCCUUUAUUCGCGACCGCGCGUGAGGCCCGAACAGCUGGAGAAGCGUGUCGAAGAACUGCGACGUCAGUACGAAGAAGCCAGGACCAAGGCGCGCGGUGGAGAUGUCGACGGCCACACACCGAGCCCACCGCUACCGAAACAUCACAACGCCUGGGGUGGAUUCAUCAGCCGCAGCGGUACUCACGCCGUUCCCGAAAGAACGAAAUCACCCAGACGUUCGAAAUCUCCAAGUACUUCUCCAUCGCGAGGCGAAGGGACAAAGCAUUCCAAGCGAAAAAGACAGCACAGCAGAAGUAGAUCCCGAAGUCACAGUCACGGUAGAUCUGGCAAACCUAAAAAAAUGCAGCGAAGACGAUCAGGCAGCCAUAAAUCGUCACGAAGAUCGCGGAGUUACAGAUCGCGAAGUCGAUCUCGAGACAGAGACUUAGAGAAAUCGAGCAAACAUCGCAGUAAGCACAGACGGCACUGAACGUUCCAAUGAAUAAGUGGAAAUUUUGCAUUUCACGAAAUACGUAUCUCACGAGUAAGACAUUAAACAGUUGUAAUCAAUUUGUAAUAUAUAGUGAAAUUUUAUAUAGGCCUAUCACAAUUCUUUAGUUUAUUUCGAAAUUAACAAAUGGAUAUAUUCAGUUUCUAGAUUAUUUUGAAGAAUUUCAUUACGUGUGUUUAAUAACAUUGAAAAACAUUGUUUCAUUGUGAAACAGAUUGUUAUCAAUAAUAUAUAUUAUACAUUGCAUUAUUGCCAACUAGUAUUUUCAUCAUUUACACAUUUACAGGUACAUAAUUUAUGUUUAAAAUUAUUAUGAGAGAGACCCUGACGAAUGUGACUUUUUUAAAAUACAGAAUUUGUGAAGCAUUUUCUAUGCUUUGUACAAGUUCAUAGAAAUUUGUCAAGACAAAGAAAUAUUAUAGGUAAUACGACAUUUGUAUAUUUUUGUAUUGAUUAACAGAAUCAUAAAAAAUGUUUAAUGAAAGUGAAAAUGUCACAAAACAGUACUUGCGCAUGCAACGCAACCUUUAUGAUUUCACUUCUAAGUUACACAAAUAUUUUUCUUUGUGUUCAUAUGAAUUCCUAAUUAGUUAUUAUUAUUUACAACUGUAAGAUUAGAUUUUAACAAUUGAAUAUGCAUUAUUCUCAAAAAAAUAUUAAUUUGUCAUGCAAAUAGAUUUUACAUAGCUGAGACAUACCUCAACCUCAAUUGGUACAUGAUACAAUAUUAAGAUAUGAAAAUGGGAAGAUGUGUAUAUAAAAUGUAUGCAACAAUAUAAAAAAAAUAAAAUUUUAUAUUCACA